CAGCAGACCAGCAUCCAGACAGUCACACUGUUAUCUGCCUCUCGCAUCAACAACUCACCGUCGCCCCCUGCGGCCUGCCGCUUCUUUCAACACCAAGCUGUGAUGAGACGCACGAGGCAGCAGGAGAACCACAGCUGGGUAGCCAGUGGCACACUUCUCAGCCUACUACCGAGGAGAAGUCUUGUUCGCUGUCCUUCAAUGAUCGACCCCAAUCGCGUUGCCAGUCCGACACCGCUGUCCCAAUCAGCAGCUUAAACUCGUUCUACCACCCUCCACGACGACUGCAGGCAAGGGUGGGAAAUUUCCUCCCCUAGCACUUCACUUCGUCAUGGCUGCAAUACUCAGUCACACGCACCAGGCGUAUUUUCAAGCAUGGGAGUAGGUGUGUCGUUGGUCGAAAAAUCCCAAGCCCGUCGAACAAACAAGGGCGGCCUGGGUAGACUGACGAAAGGUACAAGCACACGACAAGUACAACAAGUAUCGCAAGUACCUCUACCUCGAAUCAAUCAUCUUCACCCUCAAACACACGCGAGGUGGAUAUCGCAAUCCAGUGGACAAACGACGUGGAUGAGAAAGAAAGAAAAAAAACCUAAUUCAGUUGCAAAGUUCGCAAAAACACACGACAACCGGCUGGGCUUUACGUACACGGAAUCGAUGUCUAAUGAGAUCCAUCCAGGGGCGCGGCGCUUUGCCUUUAGGUGCCUGGCGGCUGGUGCUGGCAUUACACGAGAUCCAUGCCAUCGGGUCCCCUUGACGUACACGGUCGAAAGUGGACUCCCGCGGCGGAGGCACAUCGGCCACCCGCUUCGGCCUCCCGUUAGCGGUCGAUGCGCUCUGUCAAGCCGGUGGAUCCCCCGGUUGUCUGGGGCCCUGGAGAUUGCCCUGAUCCAUCUCAAGGGUGCGCUUAUGGGGGCGUGCCUCGCGAGUUCUUAACGUUAGGGGACGCCGAAAGUAAUGAGAUCCAUCAGAGCUACGACCAUGACCAUCGUGAAGUGAAAAUUUUACAUUCGAUCCCACGCUUUCGAAGUUUCGAAGGUC